AUGUCCUCUCUAUCGUUGGAAAAAAAUGCAAUCUCACAAGAAGAUAGCUUAGAAAUAAUGUCUCCCCAAAUUUAUUCAACUGGAUGCAUAGAUAAUUAUAAUGUAAGCACGAUUAUCAAACCUCGUAAAGUGAUUGCAAAGAUGAAGGCGAAUAAUCGCAAGGGAUAUAAAAGAAAGCAAAUAGAAAUAGUUCCAAUAAUUACACUUCAGUUAUAAAAUUAAAAUAAAUAUUUGUUAUAUGGAUUUAUAGAGAUAGAAUCUUACUACAAAGAUUAUCCUUCACCAUAUGAAAUUGAUUUAGUUGACUUGACAAAUGCGCAUACUGGAGUUUCUUCUAUUGAAAGAUCUACAAAUGGUAUGGAUAUGGUGGUAAAUUUCUAUACAAAAGCAAGUUCAGGGCUUAGAGAUUUUUAAUUUUUGAUUGAUCAUUAUCAAACAAUUCCAGACCAACAAUACCAAGAAUUAGCAAAAUAUUUAAAAGAAUAUAAAGUUGUUGCAAACAAAUGUAUGUAACAUAUAUCAGAUUUAUCUAUCAAGCUAAAGCAGAGAUUAAUUUCUUAUGAGGAAAUUCAAGAAACUUAAGAAUAGUUUAGGAUUGCAUUUGAAGAAUUCGUAAAGUCUUAAGUUGGUGAAGAAGAUUUUUAUUUAACUAGUCUCAGCUCUCUGAAUUUAGAUUUUUUUGAAGUUGAAGUAAAGUAAACUAAAAUGUCAUUAGCUCUGUUAAGCUUAAUUGGAGUGGAACCAAGAAAUUUCGAGAUGUCAAUUCUGAGGAAUUAAGCCCCAUUUUUAGAAUAAUUUGGAUUUAAAAGAUUGAAAAAUGUGAUUUAAUAAUUGUUUAUAACUGUCAGCGAUGCAUAUGAGUAUGUAAUAGAUGAUUAAUAUUAUACUGCCGAUAAUAUACCUUUUUAUGGCUAAAGCUAGAUAGUUUUAUUUGACUGGAAGGAAAGGCCUUCCUGGUUGAGUAAAGAAGAAUGCUCUGGCGUAUUAGUUAAAUUGAAUGUUUCAUUGUAGUAAAUAAAAGCCAUACUAGAAAUAAGAUCUUAAAUGAGUAGCUAGAAAUAGCUUGAAUAUGGGAUGUUAGAUGAUGAUUACCACUUUGAGUAUACAGUUGAAUCUGAGAUUUUUAUAGAAAGAUAUUAUCCGGAAGCAUUUAGUGAUCAAGUCAAUAAAAAAUCCUUGCAAAUUAAGCAAGAGAUGAUGCAGAAUUCAGAUUUUACAAAUUUUAUGAACUAAGCAAAAAGUGAAAAUGAAAAUAGUAAUAUCUCAGAAGAAAAUGUAAACUGA